UUUGAUACACUUGUUGCUGCAUUACCAUUGUCAGGAGAAGAAGCUCAGCUGAAACGAAUUGCAGAACUCCAGGCAGAGAAUGAAGUUGUAGGUUUGGAGCUCCAAAAACAACUGGAAGCUGCAGCAAGUCCUCCGACGCCUCCGGUAUGCGCUGCAGGUUCGGCCUCCACCGCCGCCGGCGUUGUGCACGGUACACGACGACGCCUGCGCUCAUGAUGUCGCCGAGGACGUGGUGGGCUGACAACCCUCGUGCGUCGGCGUGCGUCAGCAAUCUCUGCAGCUGCUUCCUGGUGAUCUUGAUCUUCACCACCGUGGAAGAGAGCCCCCCUCUCUCCCCCUUCAGAUUCUCCAAGGUCCUCGUCGCCUUCCCUUCCCCGCGCCGAUCGGUCUUCUCCUCCGGAAUUGGUCCAUCGUCCGAUGUAGACUGGACAUACAGCAUCUGUGAGUUCAAAUAGCGACUCUCCAAGAAAGAGGUUGAGGCCGCGACGGCAGGAUUCAUUGACCUGCACAAAGUAAUUAGCUCGUAGGCGUGGAAGGAGGUCGCCGGAGCAGCAGAGGGGCUCGAGGAGGUGGAGGAGAGGGGGCCUUAACGGGGGAUUGUGAACAGAGGAGGAGUGGGCGUUGGGCCGCCCGGUCCGGGUUAAUGUAACGGGCUUGGUGUAGCGGCUCGGUUUUAUUAUUACCCUAUUUAACAUGGUACACGCAUGCUUUAAUUCCUGUGCAAGUAUCUCGAGCCAGUUGCGAGAUUGGAUCCGGUUCGGCCAUUUUUUUGCAGAUCGAUUUGAGUCAACUUGAACCGGAUAACUCGGUCUAAUUCCAAAGAGGCGUAUAUAUUUUCUGUUCGCCUCUCCUCUCGCGAUCUCUUCCUCAUUCUCCGCCGAUGGAAAAGGGGAAGUCGGCGGCCAACGAGAUCACCUCCUCCCUCGAGGAUCUGCAUCUCAAGCCGCGCCCUAAAUCCACCCCUGUGGUUUCGCCGUUCGAUUCUUUCGCUUUUCCGUUGAAGAAAACUAAGCCUCCAAGCCUAGUGAACUUGUGCCUUGGAAUUCUCGGGCGAUAUCUAGAGGACAUCAUUGCAGAUAUUUCAGAGAUAGCAGCAGGAUUUCCACCUGAUAUUAAGUUGGUGCUAGUGGCAAUUGCGAGGAGGCGGCAGUUACUGAACGAUGAUGUUCUCAUUUCCCUGGCUGAAGUUUCAUGGAAAAUUCUAGAUUUAUCUGGAUCAGAUGUGACUGACUUUGGCCUUAGAAAAGUGGCAGAGAUUUGCAUCGACUUACGGGCCAUUGAUAUUAGUAACUGUGGCAAGAUAACCAUUGCUGGUGUUUCAGAGCUUAUUUAUCAUUGUCACUCGUUGGAAACUUUGAGAUGCGGAGGGUGCCCCAGGAGUGAAAUCACUGCUCGGCAGUGUGUGAGUAUCUUGAAGCCCAAAUUAAACCACGUAGAGGAAGACUCAUGGGAAGAGUUGGAAAAUGUGGACAUUGGAAGUGGUUCCCAAUCGCUAUGCUGGCUUGUAUGGCCAAAAAUAGAUGAUGAUUCAAAGGAAUCGUUAGCUGUUGAAUGUCCUCGAAUUGUUGUCAAUCCGCAACCUUUGCCUCGUGGCUUCCGUGGGUUACAAGUUCCCAAAGAAGCAUUAGCCAAUAAAGCUUUGGACCAUUUCAUAAUUGAUGGCAUUGAUCCCAAGACCUGGGCUGUUUCUGGUGCUACAAGGAGGCCUCCUGCACCUGCACCCACUGCCUCUGAUGAUACCCCUGAACUAUCCAUGGCCGAACGAUUCAGGCUUGCUUUCUUAGAGAGGGAUGCAAGGCUGGCUCCAAAGAGAGCAAAAAAUGCAAGGCAACACAGGCGACGAGCAGAGAGGGAAUACCUAAUGAACAGCUCAAGUGCCAAAUCCGUCAUACUUGCCUCCCAAGCUAGCAAAUUCUUGCACAACAAAAGCUGACGAACAAACUAUAUUUCCCCCUGUUCAUACUAGUUUCGUAGAUGUAUUUGUAGCAACGAUGGAGUUCAUAUGUAUAAUUUUUCCUCCCAGCUUGUAUCCAUUUACCAUUUACAGGCUGACUUGUGAGUUCUUCACAAAAGGGGCACAAGAAAUAAAUUUACUCGUCAUCUGCUCAUGUAAGAGUGUUUGGUAAAUUAGUUGAAAAUUUUGUGUGUUCUGUGUGGGUGUUCUUUUUCGUCAAGAUUCGAAUGAAAUGUAAAAUCUUGCUACC